CUCGGUCGUCUGCGGGGAGCGGGAGUGGGGGGCGGCGGCGGCGCGUGUCCAGGGCGCGGCGCAGGGCAGGCGGCGGCGCGGGGCGGACGAUGGCGGAGUCCUCGGACAAGCUCUACCGGGUCGAGUACGCCAAGAGCGGGCGCGCGUCUUGCAAGAAAUGCAGCGAGAGCAUCCCCAAGGACUCGCUGCGCAUGGCCAUCAUGGUGCAGUCACCCAUGUUCGAUGGAAAAGUCCCACACUGGUACCACUUUUCCUGCUUCUGGAAGGUCGGCCACUCCAUCCGGCACCCUGACGUGGAGGUGGACGGGUUCUCUGAACUCAGGUGGGAUGACCAGCAGAAAGUCAAAAAGACUGCGGAGGCUGGAGGCGUGACAGGCAAAGGCCAGGAUGGAGGAGGUGGCAAGACAGACAAGACACUGGCUGACUUCGCAGCUGAAUAUGCCAAGUCCAACAGGAGCACGUGCAAGGGCUGCCUGGAGAAGAUAGAAAAGGGCCAAAUACGCCUGUCCAAGAAGAUGCUGGAUCCAGAGAAGCCCCAACUGGGCAUGAUUGACCGCUGGUACCACCCGAACUGCUUUGUUAAGAACAGGGAGGAGCUGGGGUUCCGGCCCGAGUACAGCGCCAGUCAGUUCAAGGGCUUUGGCCUCCUCACUCCAGAAGAUAAAGAAGCCCUGAAGAAGCAGCUCCCAGGAGUCAAGAGUGAAGGGAAGAGGAAAGGAGAUGAGGUGGAUGGGAUGGAUGAAGUGGCCAAGAAGAAAUCUAAAAAAGAAAAGGAUAAGGACAGUAGGCUUGAGAAGGCCCUGAAGGCCCAGAACGAGCUGAUCUGGAACAUCAAGGACGAGCUAAAGAAAGUGUGUUCUACAAAUGACCUGAAAGAGCUGCUCAUCUUCAACAAGCAGCAAGUGCCAUCUGGGGAGUCAGCGAUCUUGGACCGAGUGGCUGAUGGCAUGGUGUUCGGUGCCCUCCUUCCCUGUGAGGAAUGCUCAGGCCAGCUGGUCUUCAAGAGUGAUGCCUACUACUGUACCGGGGAUGUCACUGCCUGGACCAAGUGUAUGGUCAAGACACAGACACCCAGCCGGAAGGAGUGGGUGACCCCGAAGGAAUUCCGAGAAAUCUCUUAUCUCAAGAAAUUGAAGAUCAAAAAGCAGGACCGGAUAUUUCCCCCUGAGACCAGUGCCCCAGUGGCAGCGGCACCUCCGCCCUCCACUGCCUUGGCGCCUGCUAGUGUAAACAGCUCAACUCCGCCAGGUAAGCCAUUGUCCAACAUGAAGAUCCUGACUCUUGGGAAACUCUCGCGGAACAAGGAUGAAGUGAAGGCCAUGAUUGAGAAGCUCGGGGGAAAGUUGACAGGCACAGCCAAUAAGGCCUCCCUGUGCAUCAGUACCAAAAAGGAGGUGGAGAAGAUGAACAAGAAGAUGGAGGAGGUGAGAGAGGCCAGCAUCCGAGUGGUAUCUGAGGAUUUUCUCCGGGACGUGUCUGAUUCCACCAGGAGCCUUCAGGAUUUGCUCUCCGCCCAUGUGCUGGCUCCCUGGGGGGCUGAGGUGAAGGCAGAGCCAGCAGAGCCUGCAGCCCCUAAAGCCAAAUCAGGAGCUGCGCUCUCCAAGAAGAGCAAGGGCCCGGUCAAGGAGGAAGGCGUCAACAAAUCUGAGAAGAGAAUGAAAUUAACUCUGAAAGGUGGUGCUGCUGUUGAUCCAGAUUCAGGUCUGGAACACUCUGCACAUGUUCUGGAGAAAGGUGGUAAAGUGUUCAGCGCCACCCUAGGCCUGGUAGACAUCGUGAAGGGAACCAACUCCUACUACAAGCUGCAGCUCCUGGAGGAUGACAAAGAAAGCAGGUACUGGAUCUUUCGGUCCUGGGGCCGUGUGGGCACCGUGAUUGGCAGCAACAAACUGGAGCAGGUGCCGUCCAAGGAGGAAGCCAUCGAGCACUUUAUGAAAUUGUAUGAAGAGAAAACUGGGAAUGCCUGGCACGCCAAGAACUUCACGAAGCAUCCCAAAAAAUUCUACCCUCUGGAGAUUGACUAUGGCCAGGACGAAGAGGCGGUGAAGAAGCUGACAGUGAAGCCUGGCACCAAGUCCAAGCUCCCCAAGCCCGUACAGGACCUCAUUAAGAUGAUCUUUGACGUGGAAAGUAUGAAGAAAGCCAUGGUGGAAUAUGAGAUUGACCUUCAGAAGAUGCCCUUGGGGAAGCUGAGCAAACGGCAGAUUCAGGCCGCGUACUCCAUCCUCAGUGAAGUGCAGCAGGCAGUGUCCCAGGGCAGCAGUGACUCCCAGAUCCUGGAUCUCUCGAAUCGCUUCUACACCCUGAUCCCCCACGACUUUGGGAUGAAGAAGCCCCCACUCCUGAACAACGCGGAUUGUGUGCAGGCCAAGGUGGAAAUGCUGGACAACCUACUGGACAUCGAGGUGGCCUACAGUUUGCUCAGGGGUGGCUCUGAUGACAGCAGCAAGGACCCCAUCGACGUCAACUAUGAGAAGCUCAAGACUGACAUUAAGGUGGUGGACAGAGAUUCUGAGGAAGCCGAGACCAUCAGGAAGUACGUUAAGAACACUCACGCGACCACGCACAACGCAUAUGACCUGGAGGUUGUUGAUAUCUUUAAGAUUGAGCGUGAAGGCGAGAGCCAACGCUACAAGCCCUUCAAGCAGCUGCAUAACCGGAGGUUGCUGUGGCACGGGUCCAGGACCACCAACUUCGCGGGGAUCCUGUCCCAGGGCCUCCGGAUAGCCCCACCUGAGGCCCCUGUGACAGGCUACAUGUUUGGUAAAGGGAUCUAUUUCGCCGACAUGGUCUCCAAGAGUGCAAACUACUGCCACACAUCCCAGGGAGACCCCAUAGGCCUGAUCCUGCUGGGAGAAGUUGCCCUUGGGAACAUGUACGAACUAAAGCACGCUUCACAUAUCAGCAAGCUACCCAAGGGCAAGCACAGUGUCAAAGGUUUGGGCAAGACGACUCCUGACCCUUCCGCUAGUAUUACUCUGGAUGGCGUAGAAGUCCCUCUUGGAACUGGGAUUUCCUCUGGCGUCAACGACACCUGCCUGCUGUAUAACGAGUACAUUGUCUAUGACAUCGCUCAGGUCAACCUGAAAUACCUGCUGAAGCUCAAGUUCAACUUCAAGACGUCCCUGUGGUGAGCUGGGGCGUGAGGCUGAGGCACAGCCUGGUGGCAGGGAUGAGGGUGCCCAGUGCCCCGCACUGCCUGACUGGGCAAUGGCCGCUGUACCACCACCUGGAGAUCGACCUCCAUUCCGUCUCCUUAGGAAGGAUUUUCUACGAAUGUUUGCUCACGUGUUAAGCGAUGUUUCCCCCGCUUUUCAAAUCCUUUGUUUGUAUGGGUCUGGGGGUGGGGCAGGGGGUACCCCUGCGGCCAGCACCCUGGUGGGGACGACUGACAGUAGAAGAGGAAGGGGGUUCUAGACUAGUUCUGCAGGAAGAACCACGCACGUCACGACGUCUGCCUUACUCACUGGCUUCCCGGGGGGUAUUCCUUCCGCCCUUCUAAGUGUUCACGUUUAGUUUCAGUUUUGGAAAAAUGUUAAGCGUUUAUUUUGAGGUAAAAAUAAAAACUAAUUUCAUACUA